UUGAAAUAGGCGAAGUCUCGGAGAUCAGCGAGGAAGAUAUUGGUUUGUUGAACCGACGAGUGUGCUCAGCUUCGGAUGACUGAUUGACUAUCGUAGUUGCUGCUGAGGGCGAGUACACCGAAGUACAAUUUAAGCAGCUUCGGAGAAAGAUAGAUCGAUACUUGCUUCCUCUCAUGUGGUUGUGUUACGGCAUUCAGCAAACCGACAAGACUGCUCUCGGCACACAAGCAACUUUCGGACUCCGCGAAGAUACUGGUCUCUAUGGAACCCAAUACAGCUGGCUUACUACCAUAUUCUAUUUGAUCUACAUGAUUUUUGAAUUUCCAAGCAAUAUCAUCUUGCAACGCUACAAGAUGGGCAAGAUCUUGUCGUGCUACAUGAUCUGCUGGGGCGUUGUUGUGCUUUGCAUUGGUUUCGCUCAAAACUUUACUCAUUUGGUCGUUCUUCGUGCACUCCAAGGUCUCUUCGAGUGUUGUAUCUCACCAGGCUUUAUUUUGGUCGUCGGCAGUUGGUAUAAGACAAGAGAACAUGCUUCCAGAUCCCUGGUCUUCCAAUCUGCAAACGCAGGCUUUGGCAUCAUCUCGAGUUUGGCAUUGUAUGGUAUCGGCAAGCGUGGCGCUCAAAAUCCGGAUUCUGAGCCUUGGAGAUGGAUGAGCUACUUCCUCGGUGCCAUGACAAUCUGUAUUGGCAUUCUGUGUCUCUUCCUACUCGGUACGCCCUCGGAGGUCAAGUGGCUCACACCGGAGGAGAAACGUAUGGCCAAUGCACGCAUCGUAAGCAAUAACACUGGCCACGACCGUACUGGUGUCAGAAAGUGGCAGUGGAAGCAAGUCAGAGAGUGCCUGAUCGACCCUUGCUUCUGGUUUGCCGGCAUCAAUGCCUUCUUGAGCUCGUUGCCUAAUGGCGGGCUCACCACGUUCGCUCACAUUAUUAACACCUCUUUCGGUUUCACCAAUCUCGAGGUCAUUCUCCUCGACAUCCCUCGCAGCGCUUUCUCGGUUCUCUACUUCGUCGCCAUUGGCCUCAUCACCAGCAAGCGCUCGGGUCUGCGUCUAUAUUUCAUGAUUGUUUCAACCAUCCCACCUUUUGUCGGCUUCCUCGGCAUGGCAUUCAUCCCCAACAACCCUUCCAUGAAGUGGACGAAAUGGGGCAUGUACUUUAUGACAGUGCCCUACGUCAUCUCGCUCUUCCUCGCCUGGUCUUUGAUUCCCUCGAACACCGCCGGCCGUACAAAGCGAACCUUUACCUCCUCCUUCACCUUCGUCGGCUACUGUGUCGGCAACAUGACCGGCUCGCAGAUCUUCAAGGCCAAGGAUGCGCCUUUUUACGUUCCGGGAGUCGUUGGUUGUGCUGUAUGUUUUGGACUUGAGUUCGCGGUCUUAGUCUGCUGGAGGAUUGUGUUGGUGCUGAGGAAUAGGAGACUGGAUAAGACUAUCGCUUUGGACGGGCUGAGUGAAGAGGAAAGAACAUUGAGAGCGAAGAAGAUGGGAGAGGAGGACAAGACGGACUUUGAGAACCCUUAUUUCCGAUACACUCUGUAAGGGCCUGGCAUGACUCUGGAACAGAAGGGAGUAGGAAGAGAUUGUACAUGGAGGUAGUUUCGAUUGUAUUGACGGCACUGUU